ACUGGACACGUAAGUAGACAGCUUCAGUGACUGGCAAAUACCAGACUGCUCUUGACUAGAUAGUUUUACAUCAUACUCAUCAAGAAAUUUGCGUGGACCUUAAUUUUUUUUCCUUUUGCUUUCUUUUGCUUGGUUUUUUUUUUGUGCCUUUUUUCUUUUUGAUGGUUUAGAUUUAACUUUGACUCUGCCUGCACUCUGUAGCACUGGGCUUUGCUGAAACUUAACAAAACUGGCCCAAGUCUAGACAUAAACUCAUAUUUACUACUUUAAUCCUUGUCAGUGUUCAAAGUAUAAUCCAUUUGCAUUGGUGAAAAUGGACAGUGGGCUUGUUGGUGCUGGAAAACAGCUUCUCCAUGUGGACGUCUAUAUUGAUGAACAUCAACCUUCUAGAGGAAUCCUGGCUCUUCUGAGCAGACUUCGUCCCAACUGGAAGGCACAAGACAUUCAAAUGAAGACGUUCACAGAAGGCAUCACCAACCAGCUUAUUGGCUGCUACGUGGGCUCUCUCCUGGAGCCUGGUUGUGUCUUGGUGCGACUAUAUGGCAAAAUGACAGAGCUCUACGUGAACAGGGACCAUGAGGUGGAGAUGUUUCAGAUCCUCCACGCCCACAGAUGUGGUCCUGAAAUUUACUGCAGCUUUCAGAAUGGCAUCUGCUACGAGUUUGUAAGAGGAACCGUGCUGGAUGAUAAGCUGCUUCGGCAGCCGUCUAUCUACAGAUUGAUCGCCGCAGAGAUGGGAAAAAUCCAUUCGAUCCAGCCAAAAUCCGGUCGGCCGGUCGAACCUGUGCUGUGGACAAAAAUGUCUCAUUUCCUCAAACUAGUGCAGAGCAGUGUCAGCAGCAGUCCAGCUGGGCAGUGGUACAUAAGCAGUUCUGCAGAUCUACAAAAGUUGCCCAGCUUUAAGACUUUGUCACAGGAAAUGGAGUCACUGAAGAGACACCUCUCUCAGAUUGACUCGCCAACUGUCCUCUGCCACAACGACCUCCUGACAAAGAACAUCAUCUACAACGAAAAAGAGGGAAUGGUGAAAUUCAUUGACUACGAGUAUGCCGAUUAUAACUACCAGGCCUUCGAUAUCGGCAAUCACUUCAACGAAUUUGCUGGUGUGAAUGAUGUUAACUACAACCUCUACCCGAGCUGGGAGCUGCAGAGGGACUGGCUGACGGCCUAUCUGGAGAGUUACAAGCACAGCACAGGACGUGAGGUCACAGUCACGGAGGCAGAAGUUACGCAGCUCUACAUUCAAGUCUGCAAAUUCUCUCUUGCAUCCAACUUCCUCUGGGGUCUUUGGGCCAUCCUGCAAUCACGUUUCUCCUCGAUUAACUUUGACUUCCAAAGAUAUGCCACUGCACGACUCAACUACUAUUUUGAGAAAAAAGAGGAAUACUUUGGACUGGCAGUGAACUAAUUAAUGCCUCUACUUUUGCAGAAAAGUUUUGUGUUUCUUGUGUCAAGUGAUGUGGUCCAUAUGUCAGAUGGUGGAAAUGGAAAAGCAUAGAAUAACCUUAUAAAGCCUUAUAAAAGUGCUCCCCAUUGUUUGUUAUUUCAGGCUGUAUAGUGUGAGUUAAUAUGUUUUGCUAUCACUGUGAUUUUUAAAAUAUUUGUUUUACCACAGUCAGUAUGCCGAUAAGCCGAUUUGGCAAAUCGAGAAGAGGCUCAUGCCAGAAAUGAAUUAAUUGUUCCCACAUUUAGCCGAGUCACAUAAAGCCACAAAAAUUGAGCUUGAUCAUAAAACACAUAAGAGGGUUAUUUGCAGGCUUAUUCAGUGUGUACCACAGCUCUGGUGGAAAACAAGCUUUCAUUUCAACUUAUUUACUGUAGCAAGGGCAUUAUUUUAAUGUUUCUCUGCUGUAAAACUAUCAUGUGUGACUUACAGGGUGUUCGUUAAUGUUGCCAUAAAAUGAAAAUUUAAAAGAAAAUAUUUUGUGUUGACCAACAUUAUUGAAGCUGUCACUGUGUGAAGACAGGCGAAACCGAAUCAGGAGUUAUAUAUAAAAGUUUUAUGCACAUGAACCAAAAUGCAACGCUGACUGAUGUCAGUGCUUUAACAAGUAGAUUUUACUUACUCUCUUCAUUUUAUAAGGUGAAAAUGUACUUUAACUCCUAAUAGCGAUCUCUUUUCCUGCAACUCUGAAUUGGAUACGUAGAAGAGCAUGGAUGGAUGGAUGGAUAGAGAUCUGUUUUUUAAAAUUAUUCUUAAAAAUUUAGGCCCACAAAGAUUGUAUGUUCUUGGUGUAAUCUCCUUGAAUAUGUCUCACAGGAUGUUAAAAAAACCAAAAAACAAAAACAGAUUAAGGGCGCACACACUAGGGCAAAUCUGUAAAUAAGCAAUUUAAAAUUGUCAUAGCAUAACAGGCACAGCUGUAAUUAUUGAUAUUUUAUUAGGUUUAUCUGUCAAGAAGCAAGUAUAAUUCUAAUAGACUGUGCCCACAACAGAGCUUCCCUGGAAUCAGCUGACUACAAUUCAGCAUUUUAUUGCAACAAUAUUCUUUUUUUUGUCAUAGAGAUUUGUAGGAAUAACUAAGCAUUCACCCUUUAACUUAUAUUUAAAUGCCAUGUGCCAUGCAUACAUAUAAACAAUGAAAUGAUUAUGAUUGACCAACACCAGGGGAUUUAAUUGCAAUACUUUGCUGUUUGCUUUUCGGCUCAAUUCAAAUGCACUUAUAUAGCUCCAAAUCAGAAUAACACUCACCUCAAGGUGCUUUAUAUUGUGAAGUAUAGACCCUACAACAAAAUAGAAAUAGAAAAUAAAUAAGAGAUGUUAACAAGUACGCUAAAGCUACUAGCUGAGGACAUUUUAUUGUAAAAAUACAUUCUGUCAUGGAUUUAAGUGCACUUAAACUGUAAUUAUGAGGCAGAUCGCUCACAUCUUUAUGCUUCUAAAGUAUAUAAAUAACAGAACAUAAUGAUAUAAAGAGGCAGAAACGAGCAGUCAGAUCCAGAUUCAACUUUGUAACUGUAAGAGCUUUUCAAAUUAAAGCUUUCUUUAUUUCUCUGUUUAAAGGAAUCUGGUAUUGAUCAAAAGUGCUACACUGAUUGUUCAUAUAGGUAAUGUAAUUCAGUGUUGUAUCAUAUGUACAUGAUCACAUGAAAUAGAACUUCAAUUGUAGUUCAAUUGUAGUAGAAAACUGAGUAAUGGCCAUUAAAACAAUAACUCUGGCCAAUAUCAGGAAGAUGUUCCCCUUUCUUAUGUGCAGCAUAAAGCAGCAGAUUUGUCCUCACUACUAAAAAUAUUAGUUUAGUGAGAAUACAGCCUAAGUAGAGCGGGCAGGAACUUGCAAGAACAGAAAUAGUUACAUGUUAAUAAGACAAUUUCAGCUCUUUGUAGCCUUCUGCACAGACAGCACGCUAAUACAAAAGUAGCAAAACACCUAGGAUGUUAAAGUCAUUCUGUAAAAUGAAAUAACAUACUGAUUACUUUUAAGAAAAGUAAUUGGUUAUGUGUAACACAUUACCUUUGUUGAGUAACAACAGCAAAACUGAGCAGAGUGAUGUAAUUCUGUUGUGAGUAUUUGUUUAGGCUAAAGCAGGGUGGAUGGCAGAGACUCCAUAGCUCAUUAGUACAACUGUCUGACUCUUUAAAUCAGCAAAUACUUUUUCAGUAUUCUACCAAAACCACAUUUUAUUUUUCUCAAAUGUUCACCAAGUGCUUAUGGCCUUGUGAUAUAUCUCCCACUGCCACAGCAUUUUCACAAUUGUCAAAACAGUAUUUCCAGAAUUGUCAAAACAGUUUCACCACAAGCUAUAUUUAAUGGCUGUUCUGAAGUUUUUGAUCCUAUCACAGUAUCUUCGGUGGAUGGAGCAGCUUAGAUGUCAUGGAAUUAUCGAUUUUUCUAAGCACUUAAAGGCAACUCUAGAGAAGAAUGUCUGCAUUUGGAUGAUUCACCAGAACCUCAGACUACUUUGUUUUCUAACAUUUGUAAUGUCAUUGCUUGGAUUCUGUAACAGCAUCUGCGGAAUAGCUUGAGGGUAGAGAUAGCUUGAAGUUAUGGCACAUAAAAUAUCAUUAGGGAAUGGUUAGGCUUAGGUAAGUCAAAGCUGGUUUUUAUGCUUUGGCUCUGUGGUCUUACAUGUUAUUUAGUUUCAAGGUACCCAAAAAGUGAGUGACCUGUAAGCAGUGUAAAGACAUAUAAAGCUACUCUGAUCACUGCUGUAUGUAUUCUCUCCAGACACAGAAGGUUUGAGAAAGACAUCACAUUAUGAUUAAUAAAAUAGUGAAACUUUGUAGCUAAGUGAUACCAAACUCCUGUACUAAAGUUGGUCUGCACACCACCCCAGCUUCCACACCCUUGUAAUGUGCAUUAUUGCAUAAAAAGAAGAGUACCUCCUGCAGGGGCAUUGAAUGAUGGCAUUGGGCCUAAAUUUUAUAACGCAAAAGGCAUUGGCCAGUAUACGCAUAUAAACGCUUGAGAUGAAAAGCUUUGCAGCAGAGAACAAAAAAGGGUUGAGGGGUCAAAAGUCUUGAGACUGAUUGAGAAAAUCAAAAGCAGGAGGCAAAUAUGGAAUCUACAAUGGAAGAGAUUAAAAUAUGACUACAAUAACUGGAAAUGUUAUGUUAAGUGAGAGAUUUUAUCCAUAAGACUUUCUUUUUCCAACGUUGGUUCCUUGUAGGAUAAAUGGUAGGUAACUUGUCCUUCACACAGUUUUGAUUGGUAAAUGAUAUGUUUGUGUGUACUCACAAUCAAACACAUCAGUCUUUACAAAGUACAUGUGACAUGCUCAGAAAUGUCAAUGAGUCCUUCCACUAUAUAACUGCUUCUACUGUCUUUAUCUGUGAAGGGAGCACAAAAGGGAAUGUGAUUGUAAAAUCAGUAGAAAGGAUUAUGGCGGGUCAAAUGAGGGGAGGACUAGCUACAAUGGCGUUCUUUACCUCCUCAUGGUCGCGCACAGUUCCGCUCAUCAAGGCUGCAGCCGUGUCUUUGAGUCAAACAAUCCAGCUGCUUUCAUGCUGGCAUUUUUCGUUAAACAUAUAAUAUUUAAUUAGCGGACUAAUGCACUUAAAAAGACCCAAGGACUUUGGAUCAAAAAGAAAAAAAUUGGCCUUUUGUCCAUUGCCUAUUUUCCUGAAAAAGUGCUGUAGAUUUUUUCUUUCACUUUUAAUUGCAUUAAAAAAGAAGUAUAUGCUUUUAUGCAAUGUUUCAAAGACAUAGAAACCAGGAAAAAAACUGUGAAAGCAAUUCCUUUCAAAGGGCUUUUUUGUAUGAUUCUCUUUUAUUCCGACAUUGCAUUUAGCUUUUUAGUUAUUGUUAAAGGACUCACAAGGCUGUUGACCCUUGGAAUUCUAAUAAGUACCCAGUUUGCAAUUGUAAUCAACUUACAUUAGCAACAAUAUGCUCAAGGGAAGGUUUUACUAUAAAUUCACUUGUUAUACAUGUUACAUACAAUGCACAAUGCAUGCUUUUUGUUCCUAUAUUAUAUAGAGUCCUGUCGCUUUUUCAGUUCCAUUUAUAAAUUCAGAAAGGAAGUCAAACUUUCUCCUGUUUUUUCAAAACACAUGAGCCACAUCACCAACUAUUCAGUAUAGCAAGUUCAAAACUAAA